AACAAAUGUACGGGGAAGAGUGGGUGUUUAAAAAAAUUUCGAAGAAUAUUUUGAGCGAGCUGCUCCAAUCAAUCUCUUAAUAAGCUUCUGAAUGCUCAUCUAUUGAGCCCUGUGUGUGCAAUAUGCUUCCUGAAAUCGAUAGGUUCAUAUUUCAUACAUACUUACUCCGCCGCUUCCACUGAGAUUCAUCAUGCAGUGGUAAUAUGUUAGCGUCCACAAAUCCUAGGCCUUGGACCUGGCCCAAGAUGCCAAACCCAGUUCCACCUGGCAACCCUUGGGCCAACCUGCCGCCAGAAGCGGUUCUUUGUGCUAUCUCUGGUAGCUUUGUCUGUGGCUUCCUCUUCUUAGGUCAUCGUAUUGGGGGUCUCUCAUCAGACAUGCUCUCGUCCUCGUUAUCGGUGGUUCUGUCUUCAUUGCCUGAAUCUUCCUCAUCGGAGCUCGUGACCUGUGUUGUACUCUCACCGAGUCCCGAAUCCAGAUGUGCACAAGGUCUGUUUGGAGUCUUUGUUAUUCCCCUGUUCGUGCAUCUGCUAGCAGAUGCUUGGCCAGCCGUUCUGAUAUGCGACGUCGCCGCAUCAGGCUCCAGACGCAACGGUUUGCCCUCCGGGGACUUGUUGAUCAGCAACGGGUUCGUAAACGGCGUCACUGGAUACGAGAUCUCGAAAUCAGGACAGGGCAUCAUGUGCGCAUGCCCAUGGCCUACCAUGAUGUUGCUUAGCGACGGAUCAGAUCUGACCUGUAUCGUGCUGCCACGGUCGAAACGAAAUAGCACGAUGGAUCGGGACAGUCUCUGUACGAGGCGAACCGCCGAAGCUGUUUGGAUGAGAUCGUCGGGGCUGUUACUCAUCAGGAGUAUUUGCACGGAUGCUUAUUCUCGCGGCGUCAUCACGGAUCGCUCAACCUUGGAAGCAGGUCGAACGAAGCUCAACAAUUCCGGGAACGAGUAGGCAGCGUCUUUGUUUACUGUUCAUUCUCUGGCCAGAGGGGCCCAAUGCUGGAUCCGUGGCGGCGCAUAAAGAGUUGCAGG